AUGAAUAUUCGAGUGGGUUUAUAUCAGUCACCCGUGCCAAAUGCAAGUCUUAACCUAGCCCUAUAUAAACGUGCCAAUGGCUAUCGUCCAUUUCUUUACAAUAUCAGCCAGGAUGCGUGUUCCUUUUUUGCCAAUCGUAAACGUUAUCCGGUUUUGAAAGUUUUAUUCGAUUUAUUCUUAGACAAAUCGAAUUUGAAUCACACUUGCCCCUAUAGUGAUGCAAUUAUUGUAAAGGAUUUCGUAUUGGAAGAAAAAUUGUUUCAUUAUUUCCCAAUACCGGAGGGUGAAUAUCUUUUCAAAAUGAAAGUUUUCGCUUACAAUGAUCUAAAGGCUACCGUAGAAGUUUUCUUUUAUCGCAAAGAUUGA